GACCAGCGAUGAACAGUGGCAGAAGUUUCAUGUUCCUUGCACAAAAAGAGAACGAAUAUCGUUCAAGGUCGCGACACACCGAAGAAGACAAGAUCGGGUGGAUUUGGUGUUUAGGUGGAGAUGGACAAAUAACGUUGCUGGUUGCGGGCAAAAUAAUUGUCUGCGUUUUCCGAGUGUUUGUGAUUCUUGCUGAGCGAUAAUUAACCAAAUAACAACAGAAAAGUGCGUCGCAGAGUCCAAGAAAGUUUAGAAUUUUAUUCAUUCUUUCCGCUCAUCUGGGACGUGGACUGUUUCAACCCUGUGUGUCAGGGUCCACUGUAAAAAAAGCUUCUGCUCGGAUGGGAAAAAAUUUGAAGGAUUUACCAACGUAGAUCAAAGAUAGAAAAACCUUUGAUGUCGUUUUUACUUAAAGUUCUUUUAGAGCAAUUGGAUAGGGCUAUGGAUAACGGAGGAUCUGUUAAUCUAACUCUUGGUGUUGCUGCGUUAGGACUUGGAGAAGAAGAAAAGUCUACUUUCCUCACUCAUCUAUUUACGCAGUGCAAGCGCCUACGAGGUGAACUCUCCUUCCAUGAUUUUACCUGCUUGCUUCACAGCAACACCGAAGAGUUUGAUUUGAGUUAUGUGAAGCACCAUGAAGAGGAUCAACUGCUGGGGCUUUUGAGACUAAAGUCGCCUCUGAUCAAAAAGUUAACUCUGCACGCGCCGACUGCAAAGCGAGUGCCGUUUUCUGCAAACAAAGUCUCUGGUUUUCCACACCUGCAAAUUCUCAUCACUAGCAAGUACUUUUUGACCGAUUCAGCAUUGGAUCAGCUGGCUGAAGAACAUCCUCAGCUAAAGAAAAUUUUCAUUGGAUUUGAUGGAGUUUCUCUGGAAGGCGUCAAGAGUCUGUCAAAACUGAAGCAACUCACACAUUUGUCUUUGUGUACAACACCCAAAAAGGAAGACACAAAAUCCGACUACCAGUACCUGGCAACCGUUUUGUUCAACUCGCCCAAAUUGGAGGUGCUUUGCACCUGUGAUGCCCAGCGCUUUUCAGGAAUGCUGCAGGAAUUUAAGGAAUUAUACGGCUGCACCACUGAUCUCAAAUUCACCAAAAUUGAGAUUUUGGACCAUGUUCCCUACCCUCCUUGCAAACUUCCAAACGUUCGAGAGCUAGUUGCUAUUCACCCUGUCAAUCUGCGUCAGUUUGAUCAAUUUGAACUGAUCCAGAAAUUAACUAUCAGGUCAGCAGUCCCCUUGAAUAUUGAUCGGUUUCUCAGAAAUAUAGGCCACCAACUAACUCAUCUGGAAUUGAUCCAUGACAAAGUAUCAACAGCUGUCACUAUUGACUUAGAUCGACUGACAAGAUGUGUUGGACUGAACUUGGUUCACCUUAAAAUUGAGGGUGAUUGGAUUUUUGAAACUCCGAGAUCAAACAUCCUGAAUUUCAAAAGCCUGAAGAGCUGCAUCAUUUGUGUUGGCUGGGACACUUUUCCACCAGGAUUUUUGGCUGCCAUCAUUAAGCUGCCUGUGUUAGAGUGUUUUGAGUACUGUGCAAACAACAAACUGUCCAGUUUUGCAAAGGCCAUGAAUCUUUCUUCACGAGGGAAAUUUGUCAAAAAUUUCAAUCUCAAACAAGUCAAACUGGAGAAAAUCAAUCCAAAUAGCCCAGCAGACAUGAAUAGUCUUCUAAAACUGCUCGAACGUUCUCCUAACUUGCAAAAUCUUGUGAUUUUCACUUCCAACGCUCUGGAAUCUUUGUCUCUCCAUUUCAAUCUUAUUCAAGCCCAAUACAUAAGCCUGUUUCCUCGUCUGACUGUGAGUGUGCACCCCACAGCAGAAGAGGAGGCUCAGAUUUUGGGUACUUAAAAUAUUAUUCAAUUAUUGUGUCUCACCAUCAAUGUAAUCAUAUACUAUGAUUAAUGAACACAAAAUAAUUCAGUUUUUGUUUGCCCUUCCUUAUUGUUAGUUUAGUCUUUUCACGCUUUGACAUGUUGGAUUUCUUUGUAUUAAAUUUUUCUUUAAAAUAGUUGAAGCAAAAAUUAAGCUUCCAAAUAAAUUUUUUAAUUUUCUUCUAAAGACAAUUUAAUCGUUUGCAUUAGUUUUCAACUUAAAAUAUAUUAUUAUAUGAUGAAUGGAUUUUUUGAAAGUCUGAAGUGUUUCAAUGCUGACUCCACUUGAUGCUCUUCAGAUCGACUCCAUCUUGGAACAUCUCCCACAAAGGGCUAAACAAUGCUCAAAUUAAAAAAAAAAAAAAUUGCAGCUUCUUGAUCAUAAUUUACCUCAUUUCCCUCAGUCUCGUAACUUGCUCGAUGCACCGUUCAGCUGUGUAGUCCACUUCCUCCUCUGUUGUGAAUCUCCCAAAGCCAAAUCUUCAUAUUAAAUUUAAUUAGUCGAAAACAUUUAAAACCAUAAUAAUUCAUUACCUGAUAGAGGAAUGUGCCAGGUCUUCGUCUGCACCAAUUGCACGCAGAACGUAAGAAGGUUCUAACGACGCUGAUGUGCAAGCGCUGCCACUUGACAGGGCCACGUCCUUUAGGGCCAUCAGUAGUGAUUCGCCUGU